UUCCUCGAAGAGCAACUGGAAGCCCAUUCUGAUUCCUCCCAAAUACCGUGAUGGAUGAGCUUGUUUACAUUGCCUUGUUAGCUGUGAUGAUGACGGCGACUUUGCUAAGCUUCCUGGCUUGUUUAUAUCAGUGUAGAAAGCGUCGUGUGGCAGUGAAGCAUCCCUUGUACCCGCACGUGGUCGUGACGCCGCGAUUCCACGAGACGGACACCUUCUCUCUGGUCUCCACCUCCUUCUGUCCGAUGACCCCCGUCCCCCGGCCAGUCCCUCUCUCUGCCUUCCCUCGCCCACUGGAAGACGCCUCCCCCAACACCUCCUUCGUUUCCCUUGCGGCUUCUCAGUAUUUCCCCAUCUUUAAACCUCUGAAGCACCAGAGACGGAGCGGGGAGUGCAGCGUCCCGAGUGAAAUGAGCUUCAGGAGCGACGCAAUGUCCGCACACAAAGCUGGUAGCACUUUCCCUACGCCUUACGCCACUCCUCUGGUGCGGCCGUAUCUCGUGGUUCCUGUGCCGGUUCGGAAACUGUAA